AUGGCAGCCACCAUUCUUAUCACAGGAGCCAACAGCUCGCUACCUUUCCCUCUCGUCGAUUAUCUGCUCAAGCAUUUGCCUGACUUGACGCUCGUGCUCCACGCCAUUGCCAACUCUCCUGAAGCCCAAGUUUUUGUCAGAGAGCUCGACCUUAGUUCCCUUUCCACAGUGCAUAACUUUAGCCACCGCAUUGCAACUGAGGUCGCCGAAAAUUCCAUUCCCCGGCUCGCCAGCAUCAUAUGCGCCGCCUAUCAUUGGAACCUUGUUGGCCCGAUGCAGCUGACCAGCGAUGGCUAUGAGAUGACAGUACAGGUCUCGUACCUCUCGCACGUGGCACUUGUCCUCCGCCUGCUCGGCAGCUUUCGCGCCCAAGCCGGGGGCCGGAUCAUCUUGUUCACAAGUGAUGGUCACGAGUCGGGCAAGAACCAGCUGGAGCAAAUACCGCCGUCGAUGUCCGCCGAGGCAGCCCAACUCGACCUUCUCGUCAAGCCCGGCGCUGACGACUCAUCGGCUGAUGCACUCGGCCAUGGUUUUCAUCGCUAUGCGAACGCCAAGCUCGCUCUGGUCAUGUGGACACAUGCGCUGAACCGCCGCCUUCAGCGCGAUGACAAGCUGAAGAACAUCACCGCUGUCGUCAUGAACCCCGGAAAUCUAUCAGAUUCGCGUGCGUUGCGGGUGAACACCCCUCUCAAGCUGGUCAUCCUGUCUAAUUUUGUAGUACGGCCCUUGCGGCCCUUGCUGAAUAUGACUGUGGAUCCUACCGCACGCACCGCCAAUGCAGCCGCAGUCGACGUUGCCCGCCUAGCCACCAACAAGGCUCACCCUGGCCACCGUGGCUAUUUCACGCUUCUCAAACCGGACCAGGGCUCGGACGACAGCCGGGACGAGGCGACGCAAGAGGCUUUGUGGACGAGAACCGCGAAAUGGGUAGGCAUCACGUCGCAAGACACAGCGCUGGGUUCCUUGAUUGAAUAA